CCGGCCGCGCCCCCCCGGCCCCGCAGGCGCGGCCCGGCCCGGCCAUGCCGGCCAAGAGGAAGCCGGUGCUGCCCGCCCUCAACAUCGCCCCCAGCGCCGCCGAGGGGCCCAGCCCCGACGGCUCCGCAGAGGCUAACCUGGUGGACCUGCAGAAGAAGCUGGAGGAGCUGGAGCUGGAUGAGCAGCAGAAGAAGCGCCUGGAAGCUUUCCUGACGCAGAAAGCCAAAGUGGGGGAGCUGAAGGACGAUGACUUCGAGAGGAUCUGCGAGCUGGGCGCUGGCAAUGGCGGGGUGGUCACCAAAGUGCAGCACAAACCCUCAGGGCUCGUUAUGGCACGCAAGCUGAUCCAUUUGGAAAUCAAGCCAGCCAUCAGGAACCAGAUCAUCCGGGAGCUGCAGGUGCUGCACGAGUGCAACUCCCCCUACAUCGUGGGCUUCUAUGGAGCCUUCUACAGCGAUGGGGAGAUCUCCAUCUGCAUGGAGCACAUGGAUGGUGGCUCUUUGGAUCAAGUGCUGAAAGAAGCCAAAAGAAUUCCUGAGGAAAUCCUGGGCAAAGUCAGUAUAGCGGUUCUGCGGGGCCUGGCCUACCUGCGGGAGAAGCACCAAAUCAUGCACAGAGAUGUGAAACCCUCCAACAUCCUGGUGAAUUCCCGAGGGGAGAUCAAGCUCUGUGACUUUGGGGUCAGCGGGCAGCUCAUUGACUCCAUGGCCAACUCCUUUGUGGGAACUCGGUCCUACAUGUCUCCCGAGCGCCUGCAGGGCACGCACUACUCGGUGCAGUCGGACAUCUGGAGCAUGGGGCUGUCCCUGGUGGAGCUGUCGAUCGGAAGGUACCCAAUCCCCCCGCCAGACUCCAAGGAACUGGAAGCAAUUUUUGGCCGUCCUGUGGUGGACGGGGCGGAGGGAGAGUCCCCCAGCAUCUCGCCGCGGGCCAGGCCCCCAGGACGCCCCGUCAGUGGCCACGGGAUGGACACCAGGCCUGCCAUGGCCAUCUUUGAGCUGCUGGAUUACAUCGUUAACGAGCCACCUCCCAAGCUGCCGAGUGGAGUCUUCACGCAAGAUUUCCAGGAGUUUGUAAAUAAAUGCUUAAUUAAGAACCCAGCAGAACGAGCAGAUCUGAAGAUGCUGAUGAGCCACACGUUCAUCAAGCGCUCCGAGGUGGAGGAGGUGGAUUUCGCGGGCUGGCUGUGCCGGACGCUGCGGCUGAACCAGCCCAGCACUCCCACCCGAGCUGCCGUGUGAGCCCGGCUGGCACUCCUGCCUCGGGCACCGCUUCCUCUGCUCCCUGCAGGGCACAGCUGGCCCUCCUUCCUCCCUCCCAGCGCCAAAGCUCCGGCUUGGGGCGGCUCCAUCCACCGGGGGCGGCUCCAUCCACCGGGGGCGGCUCCAUCCACCGGGGG